CGGGAAAACACGAGCCGUUUUCCGCCGCGACAACGUACAACCGAAGUUUUCGUUUCGAAUUUCGAAAGUUCGUUUUUUUUUUUAAAAAAAUUACGUCCCACCGCAUUCGAAUGUUGCGCGUUGGCGUUUUCGAAAAUUUAAGUUUCCUGUGAAUUUUUUUGUGUUUUUGCAAAACUUAUUUGUGGGAUGUUUGUGAUUUCGGACGAAAUCGAGUGAAAUUUGCGAAAGUUCUCACAGCUGCACGUUCAAUUUGUACUACAAUCUGGAGUCCAUCAAUCAAGUUCCACUCAGCGGGGACAAUUGAAACGACCUAUGAACAUCAGUAGCACUUAAUAUGUCCAACUAGACCAUUCAGUGUCCCUGAACGAUGACAAGUGUCGAGUGAUCUACAGAGGGAAAGAAACGAUAUACUGUUACCGAUGAACGACUUAAAUUACAACGCCGGGAUGAGCUCCUACCAGUUCGUCAACUCCCUGGCUUCGUGUUACGGGAACCAGGCUCCGGGUCGUACCGGGACACCGGUAGAACAAACAGGCCAUCCCGGCUUGCCUACGCCGGGAGCGGACUAUUACAAUCCUAAUGCGGCGGCAUCAGCAUAUCCGAACGCAUGCUACUCGCCACCGCAAGUCGGGCAUCAUUACCCGCAACAUCCGUACGCGACGCCCGCAUCGGGAGCCCAUAUGCAACCGCAGACGAUGAUAGAUUAUACUCAGCUACAUCCACAAAGACUCGGGAGUACAGCUAGUCACAUGCAUCAACAUUCUAAUCCGAGUCCUGGGGCGUUGUCCCCAAAUUUGAUGUCCACCCCGCCCAGUCAAGCUACGGGAGCCAGUUGUAAAUUUGCCGAUUCUACAUCGACAACAGGAGUGCGUCGCCUCAAGAUCUUUCUACUUCAUCUGGGCCGGGAAGAACUACCAGGCUUCGGUAAUGUUGGUGGUCCGAACCCUAGUGGAACCAACAGCACCAAAUUAGGUCUUACCACUCCAAUAGCGUCUCCCGUUGAGCACAAGGCUAAUGUGAACCAAAAUAUUUCAAGCCCGGCAUCUAGCACGUCGAGCAACGAAAGCAACGAUGCAAAUAACUCCAACUCAAACAACACCAAGAAUUCCAAGUCUUCGGCUAACUCGCAAGCUAAUCCUCCACAAAUAUAUCCAUGGAUGAAGCGCGUGCAUCUUGGACAAAGUACGGUGAACGCGAACGGCGAGACGAAACGUCAGAGGACGUCAUACACUCGGUACCAGACGCUGGAGCUCGAAAAGGAGUUUCACUUCAACCGGUACCUGACGCGGAGGAGGCGGAUCGAAAUCGCCCACGCGCUCUGCCUCACCGAGAGACAGAUCAAGAUCUGGUUCCAGAACAGACGCAUGAAGUGGAAGAAAGAGCACAAGAUGGCCUCAAUGAACAUAGUGCCAUACCACAUGAAUCCGUACGGCCACCCAUACCAAUUCGACCUUCACCCGAGUCAGUUCGCCCAUCUCUCCGCAUAGGAUCAGUGGAAUUUUUCGAACAGCGGAUAACUGAUUUAUUAAACUAGACAGUUGUCCGUGUGUCACACGGGGUUGCGUGUGACGAACGAACCUAACGGUCCGGCGUCACAGCAACCAGACUGGGUCAGUUAUUCGCUGCUUGAAAAAUUUCUCUAGUGUAGCCUAAUUUGUUGAAAUUGUUUUGACAUUUGACAGUGACAAUAUAAAUUAUACGAAAGUGUUUGUGAAUAACAGUGUUUAGUCAGUGAAUCGAACCAACGGGGAGUAGUCUUCGUAAAAACAAUUGAUAGUCGGAUAAACGUCGCGCUAUUACGAGCAAUAGUGUCCAUUGAAAUGUUUCACAAUAUAGAAGAAGGUAAUAAUCUAAUGUCAUGAAAAAUGCGAAUGGACUUUAUAAGUAGAAAAGAGUACCUAGUCAUAAGCUAUAAUAAUUCGAACUAUAUUAUAUUAUCGUCUUUAAAAUUGUAAGAUAACAAAGUAAAUACGUAAUUGUGUAAAUUGUGAUGAAUAGAUAAAUUAGAAUAAGACUUGUGUGUUAGAUGAAGCAAAUUAUGAUUUUUUUAAAAAACUAUACACAAUGUACAGCCAGUGGUUAUGAAAUCAGUAACAAAUUCGGAAUUGUACAGGGAUAGAGUAAAAUUGGGAAAUCCAAAAUUAAUUCGCUACUGCAAAAAUGAGAUGUGCAUUUCAAACGUACAUCGCUGAGUAUAAUAAUAUCAGUAAUAAUUAAAUAAAAAAUACUUUAGUAAAAAUAAUUAGGUAAAGCUUAUGACGAGCUGUUAAAUAGACUUUAUAAGCUCAGUUACUAUUAUAGAUUGUUGUGAAUAGUUUCGACAUUCUUUCCUAUUGUAAAUAUUUGUCGUUCAGUAGUUAUUAAUAAUUAUAAAAAUUUAAUAUAUAAUUCGAUAAUCAACGCGAAGAACUGUUUUAUGUUCCUGUCCUUAGUUUGUAAAUAAAACUUUAUCAAAUAAAAAAAUAUUAUAACAAACUUUAAUACGAUUAUCUUAAUAGUUGUUUACUUUCGACAAAAUACAUUUUUCCCUAAGAGUUCUCGUGCGUAAUUUGUAUCUUAAAUGUUGUAUUUGUAAAAUGUACUUAAUAUAUUAGAAACUUCUUCAUUCAUUGUAUUGAUAACAUCUCCUGAACGUUUGCGUGCAAAAUUUUCGGUGUCAUCUUUUUAUUUUUCAAAUUAUUGUGGUCAACUGUGAUAUUCUGUUAAAUUUUUAUUCUUAAGGGCGACCGCGUUCUUAUGUCAUACGAGAUUUGUGUAGUGUUUUUAAAAUUCGCAUUGAUUUCAUUAAUAUUUCAUUUUGUUAUCUUAUUUAUUGUUUGUAAAUAUUAGAAAGAACGUUACGAUUUCUUUUAAUUUUUAAAUCAUUAAAUGUUUUCUAAAAUCAGUUUUGUAUUUACCUGUGCAAUAGGAUGUGGCCUCAGUCUUGUUUCACUCUCAUUUUGUAAAAUAAUACUUCUUUAUUUAGUUAUGUUAUUUCUUUUUAACUAAUUGAUAAUGUUUAUCGUUCAUUCCAGUUUAAAUGAGAACUUUAGAAGGAUGUUCUUCAUGAUCAUUUAAAUUAUUGUACUGUAUUGAUAAAUUGUAAUGAAAUUUUGAAAAAUUGGUGAAAAAGAUCAAAUAAAUUAUGAUGAUAAA